GUUUAAGUAGAAAAUUACGCCAAGAUGGGACUACAUAUAUUUUGGCCAGCAACAACAUGUUUAACGCUUUUCGUUGUUUGCGUUAUAAUGAUUCUACUAAAAUACGGAUCUCGUAUUUGUAAAUUACGGCAUUCGCCGUUACCUUCCGAUCAAGAAUGGGAAGAGAAGGCAUAUUCUCGAAAACUUUCUGUCUCUAUGGCGUAAAAAGAAGUAGAUAUCACCACUUGUUUUCAUAUCAUAUUACAGAUCUGUUUGCAUUAUAAAAAAUUGAAACUAAAUCAAAACUUUAACACGUAGGAACAUGCUUAUUUUAUAUCUAAGCAUCAGAAUCUCAUAGAUAAUCGCUUAAAUGAAUAUCUACAAAGUAACAUCUUUCUUCGAUUUUAAAGUAGCAUAGUUGUGUGUCUUAAAAGUUAAUGCUACAUAUCUUUUAUAUGUUACCUUUUUAUAUAUAGUAUAAGUAUCUCUAACAAUUCCGUCCAUUUGUACGUGCAAUCGUAUCCGGUCAAAUUUUAAAACAUCGUGUCACGAAAAUUGGCAAAGUAAUUCUAUUCUUCUUUAAUAUACAAUGCGUAAAUUGUGACAAUAAAAUUUGGAUUAAAAUACGUUUCGUAACACAUGCAGAUCGAAGAUUGAAUUAUUUUUAAUGUAAAAAAAGACAAACGUCCGUCCAAUGUUUUAGUAUUUAACAUUAAUCAUGUAAUGACAAUUUUAUCUACGAACUUUUACACUUUUUAUAUGGGUUUUCUUUACGAAUAAAAAAGCUUGUCUUUAUAUAAAUUA